CAAACUAAUCCUAGUUACAUUAAUGAAAGAUGUACGACUUGCAUUUGCUCGAAGAAAAUGCGAAAACCGCUGCAACCAAGCAUGUCAUUAAUAUGCUGCAACGUCCAGGUCAGUUGGAAAAAGUCGAGCAUUAUAAACGCAGAAUGGAGAGGAAAAAAGCAUCUGUAGAAACGAUGUUGAAAACUGCAAUGCAAAGUCAACUCGAUGGUGUGAAAGUUGGGUUUGAUCAGUUGCAAAAUUCAUUGUCAAAUAUUAAAAUUAUUAAAAAUGAUUUAGAAUCUGUUGAAAAAUUAUUUGAAUCGAUUCCUGUACUCAGUAAUAGACUACAAAUGGUGCAUUAUGAAAAUUUACGACACUCGCAGUAUAUUACAGCCAAGGAAAAUUUAAAACACAUUUUUACAGUCCCAGAAAGUAUUGAAAGAACAAAACAGUGGAUUAGUGAAAGUAAAUUAUUGUAUGCUCAUCAGAGCCUCAUGGAUCUUGAGAGUUCUAGGGAUGAGUUGUUAUUUGAACUGUAUAAGUUACCUAAUGAAAAGCCAGCAGACAAGAUUAUGUUGAAAGCAUAUUUUGAAGAUGUUCACGAACUUUCUUUAUUUAUGGAAAAGCAAAUAAAAUUGAUUCUUAGUAGGACACUCAAUACUGUCAGAAAAGAACCAACAGUAAUUGUAACCGUUUUAAGAAUCAUUGAACGUGAAGAAAAAGCAGAUCACUACACUUUGCAGAGAUACAAACAGAGUGGGUUUAUACCUCCUGGGCGACCAAAGCAGUGGAAAGAAGCUGCUUUUAAAGUUUUGGAGAAAUCCGUUGCAAAUAAAAUUGAAGGUACUCAUGUUGAUCAGAGGACUGAUACUAAAAUGUGGUUAGUACGAUACCUGGAAUUGAUAAGAUUAUUGUUUUUGGAAGAUUUACGUGUUGUGAAAACCUUAUGUGUACCUUGUUUUCCUCCAUCCUAUGAUAUUUCUUGUAAAUUUGUCAAAAUGUAUCACACGAGUUUAUCUGAACAUUUGAAAGAUAUUAUUAAUGAAGGUCUUGAAGGUAACGAAUAUGUUUCUUUGCUUUCCUGGAUUAUUAACACAUAUAAAAGUCAAGACAUGAUGGGCCAUCCAGAUUUAAACCUGAACAUAAAUGACUUGGGAAAUUUACUAAGUGAUGAAAUUAUGAGUCAACUUCAAGAAAAAUAUCUAAAAAAUAUGUCCCAAAACUAUGAAGAUUGGAUGAGAAAAACUUUGGAAACAGAAAAGAUUGAUUGGUCGAAGGAAGUAUCACCCGAAACUAGUAUACAUGACAAAUACUACUACACUGCUGCUCCUGUUAUUAUAUUUGAAAUGAUCGAUCAAAAUUUGCAAGUUACGAAAACUGUUAAUGAAGACUUAACAUUGAAGGCACUAAGUCUAUGCGUCGAGCAAGUAAUAAAAUAUGGAUUUCAAUACCAUCAAGCUAUUCUAGACUUUAAAAAUAAACAUUUUGAAGAUAGAAGCCAAGUUCCAUACUUUACACACCACAUGAUUACUGUUGUAAACAAUUGCUUGAAAUUCAUAGAAUUGUCUCAAAAAAUGAAACAACAAUAUUUGGUACUCACUAUUAAUAAUGAGUUAGCUACAAAGUUUGAAGAAGUGAUCAACAAUUAUUAUAAACUUCGUAACGAAGCUGCAGCAAUACUGUUGGAAGAAUCUUUUUUAGAUCUCGAACUUCAUUUCAACGACCUGUUAACUCCGAAGUGGUUAUCUUCUCCUAUACCUGUAGAAACUAUUUGUGUAACUUUGGAAGAUUAUUUUCAAGACUACAUCUACUUAUCCGAAAACAAUUUUAUAUUUGUCAUUACUGAGGCACAAAACUUAAUAGCUAAACGUUACAUUUUGGCUAUGUUACAGCGGAAAGUAUCAUUCAAAACGUACGAUGAGUGUUUAACAUGUACAUCGAAGAUAAUCUUAGAAGCUGAAAAGUUGCAAAACUUUUUUUUGAAAAUAGCACCAAAUAUUGAACUCGAUUCUCCUUUUGAAAUAAUUAAAAAAUUGGCAGAAGUCUUACGCUGUGAGGAUCCUGAAAUUCUUUCAUUAGAUUUACAUUCUUUGAUAGAAAAAUAUCCAGAUAUGACUGAUGAUCAGCUUCUAAGACUACUCAGCCUCAGAGGUGAUAUUUCGAAAAGUGAUGCAAGGGAGAAGGUUUCAUACAUUUUUCAAGCUCAACGCACUCGUAAAGUACUCCAGUCGAAUCCAACUAGUAUAUUUAAACAUAUCACGUUUCAGGACAGUUUCCUAAACUGGAAGUCUUAAGUUUAAUUCAAAAGGAAUGCAUCUACAGUUAUUAGC